AUGCGGACAUUUAUAUUCUACCGGUCCCGUUUGCCGACCAAGUCGGCGGUGGCGGCGGAACUGGCCCCCGACGUAUGUAGCGCCACCAACCCGGGGGCGAAAGUGGACUCCAAUCGGACGACACCGGAAAGGUCGUUUACGGCGGCGGCGGAAGUUAUGGGCCAGGACCACGUGUGGAUUACGAGCGCGGCCACGGGUUCCACCCCCCAGCUCAACUUGGAACCCAGCAACUACGUGUGCAGCACGUGCAAAACCAAAUACCAUUCGGCGUGGCGGCUGGUGCAGCAUGUCCAGCACGCCCACCGGGUGCAGAUCUACGAGGUGGUAUCGCUGGUUGAUGACGAGGACGAUGACGCGUGUGACGAGCAGAUGCGGCAAGAGGAAGCUCAGGAGGUUGAGGAGGUUAGUAAGGUCCCGGAGGUCGUUGCGGAGCGACGCACCGAGGUGGAAGUUGAGUCGAAGCCGGUCGAGGCCAACGAGCCGGAAGCGCUGCUGGCGCAGAGUGGCAAGUCCAGCUCGAUGAACAACCUGAGCGGCAGCUCGAACUGUUCCAGCGGAAAUACGAGCGCGAGUUCGCGCGGCAGUGGCAUUAAUAUACUGCAGAGUCAGCUGCAGAUGCAGCAACAGCAGCAAGCCCAGCAACCUCCCCGUGAUUCCCAAAGUCUUCCACCACCCGGUCUGCGACACCAUCCGUUGCUUCCACCGCCGGAAAUGCACGCGAACCCUUUCGGUUUGCUACGCAUGCCCCCGACCAUGAACCAUCAUCCGCACUCCCCUCUUUUCGGUGGCCACCGCGGUCACCACGACUUUCGCAUGGAACACCUCAUGUCCGAGCAGUUUCGCAACCAUGGUCUCAAUCUGGCAGCGGCUGCAGUCGCAGCGGCGAACCAGCUGAAGACCGUGGAGCGACCUCCCUCGCUACCCGGCGCCACCCCCGGAAUCGUGCUGGAACCGCACAUGGAUUUUUACUCGCAGCGCUUGCGACAACUCGCCGGCACGACCAGCCCCGGAACUAACCCAAACACCACAUCCAACUCGCCGAGCCCGCGCAAGCAGCAGCAUUCGCCGCCGACGUCCUUUGCGAGUCCCUCCCCCUCUCAGCUUCCGCCCACCCCGUUGACCAACAACUCGCGACCUCAGAGCCUGACCCCGCCCGAGAAGCACACCGAGCUGGGCGGACUCGACACCGGAAGCAUUACGAACACCCCGCGAUCGGCGUCGACUCCACCGAACAAGCAGACCCAGAACAGCGGUGAAUACUCGUGUGAGUUCUGCGGCAAGAAGUUUCGCUUCCAGAGCAAUCUGUUGGUGCAUCGUCGAACGCACACGGAGGAGUUGCCGUUCAAGUGCGGAAGUUGUGACUAUUCGUGCAUGGAUGCGCUGAAGCUGAAGCAGCACAUGCGAGUUCAUGGGGAUGGGGGUAGUGACGAUGUGAUGAGCCAGCCGGAAUCGCUGGAGUCGGACAUGGACGAAGAUUCGGACGGCGAGCUGAUGGACGCCGAGGAUAUUGAGGACAAUGACAACGAGGAUGAAGACCAGGACGAUGCGCUGGGAGAGGAAGCGGAAGACCUGAGCAUGAGCAGUACGCAGAGUCACGCCAAGAAGGACGGCCACAUGCAGAUGUCGUCGUCGCUGGUCGGUGAACUGAUGGACAAGUUUGGUCUGUCGAACAUUGCCCAGUACUCGGAAGCGUACAAGCAAGCCCUGCAGGAGUCGGGAAACGCGCUUAAGCUGCAGCUGACUAGCAAAGACCGUGACAACAACAACAGCGCCAUUCCAAUUCCCGGACUGGCCGAGAAGUUGAACGGCCUGCCGGCGGCACUCCGCAUCAAGGAGGAACUCGCCAAGAAUAUGCUGCAGCACCACAACCCCCAACUGCCACAAGUUCCUUUGUUCAACCCGUUCGAGAACCCCUUUGAAGCGUCGAAGCGCAUGAAGCUCGAAGGAGGAGAGAGUUGGUGGAACCUGCCCGGCCUGCACCGAAACGAGUCGCUGUUCGAGAACAUGAAGCCGAGCCGUGACCGCAGCGGGCUCGUGCACCCUAUGAUGAAGAAGGAAAACAACAGGAAUCGCAACGACACGUGCGAGUACUGCGGCAAGGUGUUCAAGAACUGCUCCAACCUGACCGUCCACCGGCGCAGCCAUACCGGCGAGAAACCCUACAAGUGCGAACUCUGCUCGUACGCGUGCGCCCAAAGCUCCAAACUCACCCGCCACAUGAAGACGCACGGCCGGCUCGGCAAGGACGUCUACCGGUGUCGCUUCUGCGAGAUGCCCUUCAGCGUGCCCUCCACCCUCGAGAAGCACAUGCGCAAGUGCGUCGUCAACCAGGGCAAACUCCAGCAGCAGCACGCGGCCCGCGAGCAGCAACGCGAACUCCAAGCCCAACAGCGCGAACUUCAACACCUCCAGCACCAGCAGCAACUUGCCGCGGCCGCCGCCCACCAGCAGCAGCUCGCAGCCCAGCAGCAGAUGCAGAUGGCCGCCCUCCAGCAACCGCCCCGAGAUCUCCAAAUGAUCCCGCUUUCCUCACCUCCCCAACCCCCAUCCCAGCUGUUGCUACCUCCACUGCCACCCCCAAUCAUCUCCCUGUCGACCGAACAGCAGCACCCCUCGGAACAGCGACCCUCCUCCUCCAGCAGCAAUCCCGGCAGCUCCAACCCCACCCCGCUCAUCAAGGAGGAAGCGGCCACGGCAUGACUUUACCCACCUCCACCCCCGUCGUGGAGCGCCGGCCCCGGCCCAGCCGGCUACCAGAUGAUGAUGCCCCGCAUCGUCUACUAGAAAGGAACCCGGACGGAAGGUACGAGAUCAAUCCUUUCAACUCACACUUCGUCAAAACCGGGUCGUUCCGACCCAAAUCCCCCUCAACCCUGUGAUCAUAUUUCUCGAAAGCUUGGAAAAUUUCACUCACCUCUAAACAGUUCGUCGCCGCUUUGUUUACAAACACGCGCGACAAGUGACGUUUGACGAAGUUUGAGUUGGGGCAACCCAAAAUUGGGUUGCGUUGGGAUCUUCUAAGUUCCGUUCGCUUUACCUUUGCUUGUCGAACUGGGGCGCGGUAAUUAAUUACGCUCCAGUUUGGCGGUGAUUUUACACACAGAAACAUACACGCAGAAAUUAGAGGCAUUAAUACCAAAGUUUAAACGCAGCAGCGCGAGAAGACACAAUUUACUAGUGAAAGAUUUUUUAUUUCCCGAAACUUUUUUUAUUACCUUGUACAUAUUAGACGAUAAGUGAUAAAAACAGAAGCAUUUAAUUUAGUUAAUGAAAAUGAUAAAUUAUUUCCAAACCUACCCUCACAUUUUGCGACAAGCGACGCGCAAAACUUGUACAUUCUUCCUUUUACACAUUAAGAGAAAACUAGUAGCGUUUAGAUCGAAAACACUGUCAAAUUCAAAACAUGAAAAACAAUAAAAAAAUUAAAAACGUAAAAAAAUCAAAACCGACCGUUACCGUGUCGAAGUUGUUGGCUCGAGGAAAGGCGACCCUAUUUCUUUCUGUUGAUUCCCUAUUUUUUCCCCCGUCACCCUCACCCUAUUUCACUCUCUCUCUCUGCGUCUUUGUAAGAUAACUGUUUAGGCUAAUUGAAGAAUCACCCUAGUUUUGUUCGAUUCGGUUUCAGUGCUCUUAUUAGAAAUCUUAGUUCUCUUUUAUUCUCUUCGGUACCCCCCUUGUUGGCGUUAGCGUUUCCCGUUCUCCGUUUAGUUUUUUGCUGUAAAUAUAGUUGUAAUCGCGACGACAUUUUCGACGUUUUUGUACCAUAUUCCAACCGCGGGCGAAGAACUUUUUUUUGUAUUUGCUAGGUUCUACGUUAAGACUGAUCUAUUUUCUCUACGUUCUUUUUAGUGUAAUCUUUAUUGGGUUAUUUAUUGGAUUUUUUCUUUGUAUACUUUUUAGUCAGUUGCAUUCUGGAAAAUUGUACAGAAUUGCCGCGCAAAAUUAUUAUCAAAAAAACACGCACCAAAUUGUUUAUCUAAUUGUAAUUAAUUAAACGCAGUCACAACUUUUUAACAAUCAGCACAAAAUUCGUUUACAAUUCCAAUUCCCGUUUGCUGACAAACAAUAGUUUGACAUUCCUACGUAACGCAAAAGGACACGUUUGCCCUACAAAAUCAAUCAAGAAAGACAUAAAAUAAAACAAAUCUCAAGCAAAUGUUGAGCGAUGGUGUAAAAUUGCAUUUUGAUCGAGUUAAGGGAAACAGUUGAUUUUUAAGAAACGUUUUAAGGCAACACACUGCAACUAACAAAACAAAAAAAGAGAAAAGAAAAUCACACACACGAAGAUUCCUAUUAAACAUUAUGAAUUUAUGUAAAUGUACAAAUUGAACCUAAGUAUAAAGCAAAAAAGGCGACGAUGAAGGAGAAAAAAAUCAAGUAAUAAAAUGCAAA